AUGGGUUGUUCAUGCUCCUCCAUGUUCGACGAUUCGGACGACCAACAACAACCUCGCCCAACUCAACCGCCGCCAAACAUGCCUGAACGCCGCGAGCACGUUGUCACCAUCGACAAGAAGUGGGGUUAUCAUGCCGUAGACGGCUACGAGCUCAACAACAACACCUGGGGCAGCGACAGCGCGACCUCCGGCUCACAGCGCACCCACUACGACGGGCCGUGCCCGCCCGGCGCAUGCGGCAUCCCCGGCAUCGCUUGGUCCACGGACUGGGAAUGGCAGGGCGGCGAGCACAACGUCAAGUCCUACGUCUACGGCGCCCGGCAGUUCCAGCGCCGCCUGGUUAGCGAGAUCACCUCUCUGCCUACCGAGGUAGAGUGGCACUACAGCACGUGGGAUGUGCGGGCGAACGUCGCGUUCGACAUCUUUACGGACCCGGAUAGGGAGCAUGCGAACAGCAGCGGAGAGUUCGAGGUCAUGAUCUGGCUGGCGAAGCUGGGCGGCGUGUGGCCCAUCAGUGAGACCAAGGCGCCCAUUGCUCAUAUCGAGAUUGCGGGGCACCAGUGGGAGCUCCAUUUCGGCUAUAACCACGGCGGCCAGAUGAAGGUGUUCAGCUUCCUGCCGGUCAACGGGCCCAUCCAGCACUUCAACGCGGAUGUGAAGCACUUCUUCGAUUACCUGAUUCACCAGCACCAGUUCCCCGCGCAUAACCAGUACAUGCUCGUCUACCAGCUUGGAACGGAGGCAUUCACCGGAGGGCCUGCGGAGUUUGUGGUUCCCAAGUUCAUUGCCGAUGUUCGGUAA